CCCUGUACCGAAGCAAAAAAAGCUUUGCGUGUAAACCGACAGCGUAAAAUAGAAUGAUAAAAGAAAAUGAGAAAACAAGAAAAGCAGACACAAAACAAAAGCCAUGCUCUCUCACAAGCGUCAUCACCUUCUCCUUCUUCAUUCAUUGCUGUCUCUGAUUUUCUUGGAUUUCUAUCUUAUGCCCUUCUUUUCCAUCAAUUCACCAUGAUCCAGGCUUGCCCACUAUGUGCAAAUUUCUCUCUUGUUUUGCCCAGAAAUUAUGAAGAAAGAAUAGAUGAGUGAUGGCGGCAGCAGAAGCGAGGGCUCUGUGGCAGAGAACUGCUAAUCGUUGCUUUGUCCAAGAAGAUGCAAAAAGAGCUCCCAAGUUGGCUUGUUGUCAAUCUUCAUGUGCAACAUCAAAUUUGGUUGAUGCUGGACCUGCCAAUACAGCAGAUGAAUCUGAUCAUGCUGCUUCCAAUGUCACCCAUUUUAACAGUAAAACAUCAUUUUCUAAUCUUUCACCUGACUCUAGGUGGUGGUUGCAUUUGCAAUCUAAUUAUGGGUAUCAAAAGGGUUUAACAUGUGAACAGUUAAAUGCAUUAGAGGAUGAGAUGGAAACUUUGAUAGCUAGUGAUGAAAAUAAAACAUUUAGUAAGAAUUCUGAAGCAUUUCCUGAAUUAAUGGAUGUGAUGGCAAAAUAUGAAUCAAUGGAGAGAGAUUCUGUUGGAUGCUCAGUGUCCUCCAAGCAAACAAAUGAUAUUUGCUUGGAAUCAGAUUAUUCUUGGGUUGAAGGUGAUAAGGCCGUGCCAUGGUGGCGGACUACAGAUAGGGAUGAGUUAGCUUCCUUUGUUUCACAGAAAUCACACAACCAUAUUGAGAAUUGUGAUCUUCCUCCACCCAAGAAGAAGCAUCUUAGAGGACACCCAUGUGAUAGUAAUUGUGAUGACAAAAUAAAGACAGCAUCUUAUGAAUGUGAGGCCAAACCCAUAAGCUUUUCCAAUUUGACAGUUCAUGCACGGGGAAGUUUAGAUUCAGGAUUGAUGCAUAAGAAGCUGCGGCCUUCUGCCAAUGAAGGGCUUUUAUAUUUUGCUUCUGACAAAUCUUCAAGUUAUACCCCUAUACAUGAGGAUGUCACGGAGAGUCAACAAACUUUUGAGGGAGACCCCAGCAAAGCUCAACUAAUGGAAGCACUGUGUCACUCUCAAACACGUGCAAGGGAAGCAGAAGCAGCAGCAAAACAAGCUAUGGCUGAGAAAGAGCACAUUGUUACCUUCAUUUUCAAACAGGCUUCACAACUCUUUGCCUAUAAGCAAUGGUUGCAACUGCUGCAGCUGGAAACUCUGUGCAGUCAGAUUAAGAACACGGAUAAGCCAAUCUCUACUCUCUUUCCAGUGGCUCUUCCGUGGAUAUCCAAUGAAGGUAGGAACUCAAGGAAGAGAAAACAGAAAUUUCCCAGUGCCAAACAAGAAAGGGAAGGCAAGCCAAAAUGUGAUAUUACAACAUAUGCUGUUGCGUUUGCUUUAGGAUUGAGUCUUGUUGGGGCUGGCUUGCUCUUAGGAUGGACAGUGGGUUGGAUGUGGCCUCGUUCAUAGUUCUGUAUGACUUGAAUCAUAGUCCUGCUUGUCAUAGAAGAUUAAUCAACAAGGGGAAUUGGUUAACAUGGAAAGAAGCCCCAUUAUUUUAUAUGAUGUGCAUGUAUUUUUGUAGAUUUGUUGGUCCUUACAUUUGUGUAUUCUGCAUCACUUUUGUAAUGAAUAUGUUAAUGAGAUGAUGUACAUAAAUCUUUUUGUGAAGAUGAUGUCA